ACACUAUUAGUUUGAAAAAGGUAUUUUUCUCAUCAACAAGACACUUGACAAGAAAAUUCCAUGCAGAUUCCACCAAUUCUCUUCUAUUGCAGCUUUUCCUAGCUGGAGUUUCCAAUCACUGUCAGCUGCUUUAAAAAACUGCUUCUCCCAAGAGGAAUGAAUUUGUGGUAAAAGUCUUCACAAAAAUAUCUAAACUGCCUGCUAAAACAAAGCAGAAAUGCUCUCCCCAGCUAACUUACCUGGCAUAACCAAUGAUUAAACUGCCAAACACUGUCCCAAUGCCAGCUCCUGAACCAGCUACUCCCACAGUAGCAGCACCAGCACCGAUGAAUUUAGCAGCAGUAUCAAUAUCACGGGAGACAGCACUGGUUUGGAAUUCCCGAUGAGCUAGCUGACGAUUCAAAACUCCAAAAGGCUGUGGAGGAAGCAAGUAAUUAGCAUGAUUUAUAUCAGUCACUUUAAGUCUCCAAAUCAUUUUCUCUUCCUAACAGCGUUUAAUCCAGAUGUUCCCAAACAAUGGGUGGGUAGACAUCAGGCUGGCAGGACCUACUUUGUUUCUUUAUUAGAACCUUGAAGCCAACCAGGGCCUCCACUGGGGGCAGGUGGAAAAUAGCAGCUCAGCUGGAUGGAUCAGUAAGAAUGAAUAACAGGGCUGGCUCAACCUAUGGAUUUGUGAUCCGCAAGAGAAUCAAGCUUGCAAUUUCUUUCAGAAAAUAAAUCUUUUCCCAGUAAGCUAAUGUGGGUGGGGCUUUUUACAGUUGCUGAUAUUGUUAAGAGAGUCUGGAAUCCUUGCCAAACAGAUCCCAGGCUGCCUUCUGCCCACCUCCAGGGCAGGGGAAGGACAUACCCAAGACGGGGUAGAGAAGAAAGAAGGGAAGAGGCAAUGGCCUUGGACCCAGACUACUAGUUUUCUAAGCACUGGCAGUGGGGGAGUGGGGAGAGAGAACAGCAAAUAAUGCCACUUAGGUGUCUCUGCCAGGUCAUGGGCUGGAACAGAAAUGCAGGUCUCUAGCAGACAUAACUGUUGUUCAGUCACCCUACUGAAACCUUAAGGGUGUGUGUGAAAUGACCUCCCUUGUAGCAACCACUGAACCACAGCUAUGCAGAUUCUGAAAAUCUGUUUGAUGUACAAACAGAGAUAUGCCUAUCACGCACACAAAGAAUACCAAUUCUUAACAUUCCCCAAUCCAGCAGGAGUAAAAGGGAAUUCUGGGGGAAACUACCCAAUGUAAACAUUAGAAUUGCAACGAAAGGUUCAUGAAGGGUUAAAUUUAUGCCAUUUCCUAUCCAAAAGGUGUUUUAAAAUGAGCAAGGAGGGUGACCAGUUGAAACAUAAGUUAAGUUUUUCAACCCUGUGUAACAGCAUGCUUUUUUUUUAAUGAAGGACACAAUGGUUUUGAAGUACUGCUUCCUUUUGAAUGUUUAAAAUAUUAACGGACUCUAAAAGAAUCAACAAGACAGUAGCUUCUGCCAGAAAAAAAUGUCCCUUCUUAUAUUAUAUUAUAUUAUCCUGCAGAGCUUCUGCAGGAUUUAUUCCAGUAUUGCUCACACUAGGCCAAGUGCAGGGAACCUUAGAUGUUCCAGUUGUUGCUGAACUCCAACUUGCAUCAAGGCCAAUGGCAAAAGAUGAUGGGAGUUGAAGUUUAGCAACUUUUGGAGAGCCACAGUUUCCCCACACCUUUUCUAGGUCACAAGGAAAGAGACGUCUUACACCAGCACUACUACACUUUUUCAGAGGGGUGAAAUUGGUUUAAUUACGCAUGGCAGCAUCGGUUCCUCUUCUAGAUACUCUGAUGGAAGCUAAGCUGUCAGUGUAAUGUAAGAGGCAGCUAGUGCUAACCUUCCGAGUUUGAAAGCAAAGAAGUUAAUAUUGUUCCCACAUCAUGAGAAAAUAAUGUAUAGAGUUAUAAUUAAUAGAAAACAGUUUCUAUUUAGCAUAGAGUUUUAUUGUUUGGCUGUAGUUUGGUAUCACUGCAUGAUGCUGUUAACCAUUUUUUUGCUCCUUUUUGUAAAGAAAAUCAAGGUGCAAACAAAACCUGAAGAUAGCAAUGAGGAGUCAUGCAGUUUAUUCCUACCUGCAGAGUCUGAGUCUCUGGCCUGCUCAAUAUAGACAGGGAAGCUGGCCGGGUUAGAGCUCGAGAACAGCAGCGGAACUGGAAAGAAAAACAUUAAAUUCAUAUCAGGAUAUAAAGAACUGCUCUAUUCAGAGACCAAUGCAAUCUGUUCUGACAGUGGCUCUUCAGCAUCAUAGCCAAAUAUAUUUCCUAGCUAUCCCACUUGAUCCUUCAAAUGGUAGAUUUUAAGGAUUUAACUUGAUAUUAGAUACUUGCAAGAUUUAUCCUACAUCAGUGAGCUAAGGCCUUCCCCCCAACUGGUGAUGAGGCAAUUUUGUGCUGAUCAGAAGGCAGUUCUCUUUCAAGACAGGUAUGCCUAUUCAUCAUGUAAUGUAAAUUCUCUGUGGCAGGAGAUUCUAGAUCUUGCUUGAAUACACAGCUUCUCUCAUACUGGAAAGGACAUAUAUGUGCAAGAGGGAAAGUAUUCAUUGCUGCCUAUUAAACCUACCUAGAGACUCUAGACAUGGGCAGUAGUCUUCCUAAUACUAUUUGUAUCAGGACUUGUGCGCUCAAAUAUUUUUGUCCAUUUUAAAAAAACAAUCAUUAGCUGCUUUGGGGGUCCACAUGAAUUGAUAUCAAAUGAACUGAACAGGUCUUUCUGAUCAACUCACAUCAGCCCUAGUCAGCAUGGCCAAUGGUCAGGGAUGAUGGGAGCUGUUGUCCAAAAAUAUCUGGAGGGUCACAAGUUCCUCCAUACCUGCCAUAAAUUCAUUCUAAUAGGUAAAAAACCAUUUGCUGCUUCCCCUUACAGAGUCUGAAUUAUUUCCAAAAUAGAGAUGUUUUGUUUUGUUUUCUAAAGUGGAACAGAGUUGGUCACUCACCGAGGACUAUUAUAGGAAUGCAUGGGCAGGAAGACUAAGGAUUUAUUGGCUUGUAACUUUUAUUAACUUAUUUGUAAGUCUGGUUUAACAUACCCUUCAGAAACUAUUGUUGACUGAGUUCAAAUGACAUAUCAAACAGCUCACUCUUAGUUUUUCCUCUUUAAAGAGAAAUAUUAGAGAUUUUACUCGUUGUAACAAUUAAUAUGAGGAGUGUAACAUACUAAAGUAAUCCAAGAUACACUAAGGCAAUUGCAAGCCAAAAAUUCCUUACCAGAGCUGGCGAAGCCAGGAGAGCUACUGGAGUCUGCAUUCUGAUGAUCCUGAAUAAAGGGGGAAAGUCACAUUUUACACAAACACCCACUGAAUUCUCUCACAACUAAGAAGGAAAGCCCAGUGUGUGGACAAAAUGGAGUACAUUUCCUUAUCUGUUUCAGGUAUAGCUUUUUAUUAAGAUUUUGCAAACGAAGUCCAGAAUUAAAGAAGGAGGGCAGAAUGGCCUUGAAGGAACACUAUUAAUGGAGAGUCCAGUUAUUCACAAAGAGCAAGGAAGAACCAGAUAGCUUGCAACUGUGCAUCAGUGACCUCCAACUAUGGACAGACACCACAGAUAAGGUGACAGACAUGAAACCUGUCAGGGGAAAGACAGAUGACAAUCUAAGCUAUGUUUGUUCAAUACAACAUUGCUUCUUACAGCAAUUAGGCACUCAAAAAUGGCAUUUGACUUUGUAAUUGAUUGAAAGAAGGGUGUUUAAGAGAAACUGUGCAUACCCCUGUUAGCUAGGAGCCACAAAAAAGCACAAUUAGGUAACAGGACUUGCAGAAAGUUAGCCAAUAUUUCAAAGCUGCAGCUGUCCCCCUGAAAACAACCCCAUCUGGAAACAGAUCGUUGUGGGCUACAAAGCCUUUUGCCCCAUCCCGAAUCUACCAGCUUCCCAAAUCCUUUCCCAUUUUGUAGGUGGCAUCCCAAUGACCGCCUCCACCAUCUACACCUUCGUUAACAUCCAGCACUGAAGAAGCCAUUGGCCGGUUCUCUUCAUGUUAGUUGCCCUUUGAACACCUGCCGUCUGCAAACACACCCCGUUUAGCUCCACAGGAUUCCCCUAGUCUUUCAUCUAUGCCUUCGCCCUGCCCUUGCAGAGAAACAUUCACAGGCAGACAAAACCGGUAACUAACAGGCCGGUUGCACUAGAAGCCAUCUCGCCCUGGAGUUUCUAGCCCACAAGAAGGACUUGGUCCACCAUCUAGUCUAGCAUGUCCGUUAGCAAGCGGGCCAAUGAGCUGAGGGGGCAAGCGAGACUCUUCCAUCCUCGGGGUCGUGGCUUCGAGCCCCACGCUGCGCGAACGAUUCCUGCAUUAUUGCAAGGGGCCGGACUAGAUGGCCCUCGCGGUCCCUUUUCCAAUUCUACGAUUCCGCGACUGCAGCAACCUACGUCGGUCAGCCGUCAAAAGGCGCCCCUAAGAAGCCGCGAGUGAUUCACUCGCGACAAAGGAUCCCGACGGGACGCCUUUUAACUGCUGUUCCCAAUUCCCAAUUCAAACGGGCCUUCGGGAUGAAGGCAGCCGCGAACGGCGUGCUCGUGGGAACAGACCCGAGCACCGGGGCCUCCCCGCUCCCCGUGCAGCCGCCUCACCCUCACGGGAGGCCCCGGGACCAGGCGGGCGCCCUCCCCGCUUCCCCUGCACAGACUCACCUUCGGGGACGAAGAAGGGCCGCACCGAACCUCAAAGUCGCGGCUCUCCUGACUGGACCCAGCCAAGCCCCUCCCGCCCUCGCUCACCUUGCCAAUGUACCACAGCGUCCUCCGCUCCUAUUGGCCGCCGCGACGCAAGGAACGCUGCCCGGCGGGGCCCCGGGGGCUCACGGGAGACGGAGCCUCGCCGCCGCCCGCUAUUGGCUCCCGGACCCUCGCGCUCGCGCCCCUCUGCGUGCGGAUUGGGCAACUCCGAAGGGUCGCGGGUCUCCCAUUGGCCGGCCGCAAAACCCUUUCUCCUCCCCCCUUCUCCCGGGAGCGUUCCACCGAGCGCGUCAGAGGAAGGAGACCAGAGAGGGUUGAGUCACGUGCUUCUGUUCUUUCUUGACAGGCUGGAGGUGACUGCGCGGCGGCGAAGCAACGCUCGAGGAGUCACGUGGUGUCGGGGAGGGGCGGAGAGCGGCGCGCCUCAGUUCGUGACGUGGAAAAAACUGCGCGUACCCGUGUCGUGUGUAGAGAUUCAGGCACGUCACGUGUCUGCUUUGCUGGGUGUUCCGUUACUGGGAAUUGGUUGUGAGUUCCUAAUGAGUGCGCACUUAGGGAUGAUACUCGCCAACGUGGACGCGGCUUGAUCUCUCUAGUUCAGGCAUAGGCAAACUCGGCCCUCCAGCUGUUUAGAGACUCCAAUUCCCUUCAUCCCUGACCACUGGUCCUGUUACCUAGGGAUGAUGGGAGUUGUAGUCCCAAAACAUCUGGAGGGCCGAGUUUGCCUAUGCCUGCUUUGUUGUUGUUGUUGUUUAGUCGUGUCCGACUCUUCGUGACCCCAUGGACCAGAGCACGCCAGGCCCUCCUGUCUUCCACUGCCUCCCGCAGUUUGGUCAAACUCAUGCCAGUUUGGUCAAACUCAUGCUGGUAGCAUCGAGAACACUGUCCAACCAUCUCGUCCUCUGUCAUCCCCUUCUCCUUGUGCCCUCCAUCUUUCCCAACAUCAGGGUCUUUUCCAGGGAGUCUUCUCUUCUCAUGAGGUGGCCAAAGUAUUGGAGCCUCAGCUUCAGGAUCUGUCCUUCCAGUGAGCACUCAGGGCUGAUUUCCUUAAGAAUGGAGAGGUUUGAUCUUCUUGCAGUCCAUGGGACUCUCAAGAGUCUCCUCCAGCACCAUAAUUUAAAAGCAUCAGUUCUUUGGCAAUCAGCCCUCUUUAUGGUCCAGCUCUCACUAUGCUCUGGUGGAUGUGGAGCGCUGGCUCCAUUGAAGAGAAUUGUGUGUGAGUCGAAACGGACCCUUUAUCGGUGGUGUUGCAGCUGUGGCGGCCCAUUCACAGGAGGAUCACUGCUUCAGUUAUCAAGGGGAUACUUGAUACAUGCCUGAGCCAAGCUGUCUAGUAAACCCCAUAGUCUCCAGCGGGAUUUGCUUCCCAGAUAGAAUCGCAGUCAGACUGCAACCCCAUUUGUUUUAGAAUAAGCCCCAUUGAAUCCAAUGGGAGUUAUUUUGAGUAGCCAUGGCUAGGAUUGGAGCCUAAACAAUGUAAACAGUGCUUGCGGGGGGGUCCUCAAGGGCACACAGUGCCAGCACCUUAUUUUCUAGAAGAAAAGCACUGGUUAAAAGGGUGGCACUUAACUAUAACAACUUCAUGGUGAGUAUCGGCACUUUUUUUCUAGAAGAAAAGCACUGUGCUUAGGUAAUUAAGGCAUGAAGGGGUUAGCACCAUAGAGCAGGCUUCCCUGCCAGGCUUGGUUAGGUAGUUCCUCUCCCCUCAUCUUGGGAGGAAGGUAAUUAAGCCUGUUGUUUCCCUUCAGUCUACCUGAGCUCAGCAUGUGAACAGGUUUUGAAAAUGUAAAUUCAUUUGAAAAUACUGUUUUCUGUUUAAGCUGACUCUCCUCUUGUCCCUGCACCUCCAUCCCUACCAUGGAGACACCCAACUUACUCCAUAUUACUCUGGCUGGCAACUAGAUUUGCCAUGUUACUUUAAAGAGCAGUCAAACCGAUACUAUCUCCAGAAGAAAGAUCCAUCACCUUCUUGUAUAUAGUUUUAAAAGUUUUGUUUCAGCAGCAGUUUCUGUACAAACCUCCUGGAGCAAGCUGAACUCUCCACUUACCCCAUCAGUUGAUAUACCUUGCUCCAGCAAAAGAGCAAUCAGGAACUCCCUUUAAGCCCCUAAUUCCUUUGUAGCUACUUGAGUACCUGCCCCAUACCUCACCUAUGACGUCAGGUGUAGGGCAGGUGGGCAUGGUUUGCUAGGAAUGCCUUCUCAGGCCAAACUGAGACCCCUGUCAAGCCCAAUUCCUCAUUCCUACUUUAUUUGGCAUAGAUUAAAAUUCCCAUAGUUAUCUUAUUGAUAGAUAUGUCGGUCCACACACCUACCAGCAGGAGGAGACAUUAACCUAUCUUCUUUGGAAACAGUUAAUGUUAACUCCUUUCUUGAGAAUGGCUGCCCAAGGUAGAUACAUAGUUUAGAAGUUGUUUCCACAGGUGAUACUGGGGCUGCAAUUCUGAAUUCUGCAUGUCUUUAAAGUGGACGUCUGUAAGACUCGGCUGUAAUCAUAAGCAUAAUUAUGAGAAAGUAAGUCCCAUUUAACCACAGGCUUGUAAUUACUAGACUGAGACACAGGUCUGGUUUCCACUUCCAAUAGAAUGUUUCAGGGCUGGCUCAGGAUGUUUGCCACCUCAGACAAAACAGAGCAUGGUACCCCUGCCACCUUCGCUCUCCACUGCCAUCGUCUGAGGCAACUGGUGGCGGCCCAUGAAAGCCCCAGUAUGCUGAAGACAGUGGGGGAGAAAAAAGGAGGCCAGAGUGGAGAAGGUGGGCAACAAAUGCAAGAGGUGGCAAGCGCUUCGGGGCAGGGCUUUGCUACCCUUCCCAGCUUUCCCCACCUCAGCAUGCCUCAUGGGUGGGCCAGCUCUGGAAUGUUUCUUUUUUCUUCUCCAGGAUAGAAAUGAGAACUGCCUUUAGGAAUAAAUACAGAAAAUGUGGGUUUUGUGUGCUGUUUUUAAAAAAAAAUAAGUUGGACAUUUAAAGCUGUAAUGUGACUGCACACAAGGUCAUGAAACACAAGAUUUCUUUGUGCAACUGAAUGCUGAAUUUUGGCAGGGUGCAAGUCUGGGUGCGCAAUUUAAGGAGACUGACCUUUGCUACAGCUUGACUGGUAUUCUGUAUGGGUGAUUUUUGACUUGAAGUACCUCGAUCUGUAGUGUUAAAGCUGGACUGUUUUGCAGAGUUGUUGUACAGUGGUACCUUGGUUUGCAUACGUCUUGGUUUGCAUACGUCUUGGUUUGCAUACGUUUUGGAUUACAAACAUGUCAAGCCCGGAAGUGCGUGUCCCAGUUUGCAACCUUUUUUUUGGAUUACACCCCCCCCCCUUUAUUUUGGAUUACAAACAAUUUUUGGGGGGGGAGGCCCCAUUGGCAAAACCGUGCCUUGGGUUACAACCUGUUUUGGUUUACAAACGGACCUCCGGAACGGAUUAUGGUUGUAAACCAAGGUACCACUGUAUUCUGCCUCAGCCUGACCUGCAAUAAGGAUAUAACAAGGCUGACAGUGCCGCCGGGUUGUUGUAAAUCACUUAGCUUCAGUACCAACCUGUGUUCAGUACCAACAUAGCUUUACAUUGCCACUGUGUUAACAGCCUCUACUCCCACAACCUGCUAUAUGAUGGGAAAUGGACUGAAUUGGCUGUGAAAUUUGCACAGGCGUGGCAAUUAUCUAAAACUUAGGACUUUAAAAAAUAAUGUAGGUUGUAAACCUGUACACAUUUACCUGGGAGUAAGUUCCACUUCCAUUUACUUCUGAAUUCAGUUGCAUUUACUUCUCAGUAGAUAUUCAUAGGAUUUUGCUGUUCAAAUUUCACGCCAAACCAUUCCCGAGUGAGGAAAAGCAGCAGCUCAUCUCCUGGACCUUUCUUUUCAUGGGAGAUCACACUGCUAUGUAAUCACAGCUAUAUUAACAGCUUAGGUUUCUGCAUUGAUUUCUAUGGGCUGCCCUCACUUUCACCGGGGGUGGGGGGAGAAGAUAUAAAAAUGCCUUUGCCAAUGGAACCCCAUCAAUUGACUAUAGAGACAAUAAGUUAAUGCCUCUUUCCAUUUAUGUUUUUUAAUCUGUGUAUUAAACUCAGUGGGACUUACUUUUGAAUAAAUGUAAUUAAGACUGGCCUAUAAAAACCUCAUUAGAAUUCUUCACAUUUAUAAAGCCAAUGAAAAGCUGUAUGCCUUUGGGCAUUUUCACCAGAACCUGUUCAUAUGUACUUGGGAAGGAAAUCCCACUUAAUUAAAUUAGAUUUAUUUUUAAUUAAAUGUCUAUUCGACUUCAUAAAUGUCCUAAGGAGAGUAAUCCUGUGCACAUUUAUUCAGAAGAUAAAUUCCAGAUAAAUGUGUUAUCUAGUUGCAGGCUUAGUCAUAGUUCAUUGGUAGAGCAUCCGGCAUCUCUAAGUAAGGCAAGGAGAGGCUCCCUUUCUGAAACCUUGGGAGAGCUGCUGCCAGCCAGUGUUGACAGUACUGAACCAGAUGGAGCACUGGGUGUAAGGCAGUUUCCCACAACUGUUCAGUGGAAGUUCGUCAUUCUGUUUAGAUGCACAACCAGCAAAUGCCACUCGCUCAAUGUCAUCUGAGAAGCACCUUCCAUUUGUGAAGGUGGGCACCUGGUUUUAAACUGGUUCCUUCUCCUUUCUGCCCCUCACUGACUACCAGUAUUCACCUGUGACACUCUCAGGACUAUCCAGUUAUAAGCUGAACUGCCUUUUGCUCCAAUUGAAUACUAAAGCACGGUUUUCCCUGGGGGAAUGCAACAAGGCAAGAGGAAGUGUGGAUAAGCCUUGGAAAGCAGCUUGGCUCGCAAAGGGCUUCAGGAGUUGAAGAGUUCUCUCUCCACUGCUUCACAGAACUACACUUCCCAGCAUUCCCUGCAAAGGGUGGUGCCUUCAGCUGUAAGUUUCCAGGCUAGGGGCUGUCCGAUGACUGAGAGUAUCAAGUUUCUCCCCUUUGCUAAUCAGCGUCAGCUUCUCUGUUUUAGUAGGAAGUAGCAACUGAUCUGUCCUGUAGAUUCUCGCAUCGCUAGGAAGGGGGCUGUUUGGCUUCUUCGCCACUUGGAAGGGUGAGUAGGCAGUUAAGAGUUACCCCGACUCUUAGCAACAAGUCAUCUCUUUCCUGAGCGGCGCCCUUUGCCGACUGUGACUGGGAAGGGGGUAGUUUGAUUUAUUUUAUAAAGUGUGUCGCACAUUGAGGAAGAGAGCUAGCUGCGCGCUGGGGGUGCUAAGUGCAGGAAGGAGGUCAGGCGGUGAUGGCAAUCGGUUGCAAUCUUAUGUCAUGCGCUUGCCUUGUGUUUUGCUUCGCCAGUACAUAGAGGACGCACUCUUUCACUUGAUCAGGCUACUUCUAGAUUGGAGCUUUCCAAAUUUUUCAUGUCGGUGACAUGCUUUUUAGACAUGCAUCAUUUCGCGAUGCACUAAUUCAGUUUUACUAGCAAGCCGGAGGUUAAACUAAGCCCUUUCCAGUCCUGGGAGAAGCAUGGGGAGUGUUUGCGCAACACACCUACACACUGCAGCGGAUACGCUAACGUGUCGCGACACACAGUUUAGAAAGCUCUUUUCUAGAUGUUGUGGACUGCAACCCUCACCAGCCCUGACAGUGGCUGAUGGGAGCUUCAGCCUACAACAACAUGUCACUAUUCUGAGUGACACUGAACAGAUCCACACUGUACAAGCAUGUGUUCUACCUCUACUUCCCAUUCUAAUUAUUUAGGAUAAAAUAAGUUGUGGGUUGGGGUAACAAGAUCGUUUGUUUGUAUUAAAGUGAGGUAGUGUUGGAAAAAGUUACCUGCAAAAUAUCCAUCAUUAUGAUGGGUGGUGAAGAAGGGCUUGUAAGUAUCUUAGCCAUGUUAGAAGUCCUUUUUCCGUGAGGCCCAGGCUGCCCAGCAUGACGUGCUUUUCCCCAUAAGAGUGAAUGUCACACUGUUCAGUUCUGUGAGAAGAAAUAAGGGCAUGCACUUGGACCUCACAUCUAAACUGUCAGUGAGUGGUAUCCAGCCUCCAAAGUAGGGGUAGCAAUGUGGUACCCUAUAACUCCCAUCAUUUCUGGCUAUUGGCCAUGCUUGCUGGGGCCGGUGGUAUUUCCUGACAUCUGAAAGGCACCACACUGCCUAUCCCUGCUGUAAGAUAUUAAAUACAUUAUUACAGUCACAACAUGGUUUAGGCAUUUGGAAUGGAAUAUUCGUGUUGGUUCUGUCGCGUUACAGAACAGCUGUGACAUGUUUAAACAGUGUGUGAUCGCCUUUGUGUAACUUGCAUGCUGAACCUCAAGUUGCAAAGUUAAAAGGAAAUGCUUUCUGGGGAAGCAUUCAUCCCCCCACUUAUAAAAAAAAUUAGGCAUCUAGCACAGGAAAUAUCUAACGUCCCCCAACAGAAGCAUUGGGGUGGUGUGUUACUGCAGCAGUACAUUGGUUGUGCUGGAGCUGGUAAUCUGGAAGCAACUUGAAAAGAAACAGAAACAAGAAUGUAUAAGACGCAGUGUGGCGUAGUGAAUAAGCAUAUGAGUUGGAAAGUCCAGGGUCAGAUAUCUUUUCCGUUGUAAACGUUGCAAGCUGCCAUGUGUCAGCAUCGACCCUCAAUCUUGCCUGUCUUGCAGUACUGUUGUUUUACUGCAAGAAUAUAUAUGAAGCAUUAUGAGGAGGGCUGUGAAUUCAGAAGCAGCACGUGUGUGUGUGUGUGUGUGUGUGUGUGUGUGAAGACCUGGGCUUAAUCCCACAUAUCAAAUCUCUGCCUGAGAUCUCAGAGAUUCCUUGUUAGUCAGCACAGAACACACAGGACCAACAGCCAGUAUAGUAGGAUGUGUAACUCGUGAUUACCUAAAACAUUUUUCAUAUUUAGCAAAGCAGGUCUCUGCUCUCCGCAUUCUUCCCACCUACAAUUUCAGCAAUUAUGAAUCUACGGCACUUUCAUAGAUCGUUCAUAUAUUGCUUAAGUUACUUCUUAUAAUGUAGUGGUUAAGUUCACUGGUUAAAAUCUAACCUCUUCCAUGAGUUCGCUAAGUGGUAUUAGGUAAACCACUCUCGUAGCUUUAUUCUACCCCGCAACCUGCAAUAUGUAUAUGAUAGUACUAUCUAUUUUUGUAAGGGUGGCUGGGAUUGCUUGAAGUACUUUUGAAUACCAUAGAGCAUGAUAAUAAAGGCUUGAUGCUAAUGUAGCUAAAUAAGACAACUAUAGGUGCUUGCAAGUUAGCAGUGAUGCUAUUAACCACUACUAGCAAACAUAUUUUCGGCUUGCACUGUUGUGGAUCUCUCCUCCCCACUCCCCAACUACUUGCAUCCUCUGGAUUCUUUCUAGACUGAAACCACUGUCUCUCUCAUAGCCUUUAUUCCCUUUCUAGACCUCUUUGUUUACCUUCCCCCUUUCAUGUUCCUCCAUGACAUCCUGUUGACCAAAACAAUCAGCAUGCUUUAUUUCAGCAGGCCACGCAGGCAAAGUGUGGGGAAGUCCACUUGGCAGCUUGGGAAAAGAGAGCAUUUGGGCUGUUUCCUGGCUGGCCUAAGAACUUGUUUCUGUUUCCCCAUCUAUAGACAAACAUCCAAAUAAAUCCCCAAACACCAUGAGAUUUCUAAGAAUACUCGGGCAAUGAAAUUAGCUACUGAAAGGGAAGCUCUUGGAAACUUAGGAAGGAACUUAGGAAGCUUAAAUGCUUGUCAAGGUUGCUUUAGAUAUAGGUGGAGCCAACCUUAUAUUUGGCAAUUCACCUGCUAGCCAUAAAUGGAAUCCAACAACCUAUGUUUCCAUGCUGGCCAUGGAAGAAGGUGGCUUUCCUUCCUCUGCAGCCAACAUGGAGAUGCAGUUUACUAGAAGGCUAGUAAUAAAAACAGCCUUGUAGGCUAAUAAUUUUUGCAGGCAUAUUUACAAGGCUGAGUCCUCUAGUUGCUGGUUCUAGCAGGGCUUCUGCAGGAUUGUACUUCCUGGGACAGAUUGCUCUAUCUUCCACUCUGCUGCCUUUGAUGAUCUUCAAAAUCUGCUGCACCAUGAGGCUACAUGAGAAGUCAUCCUCAUAGGGCUGCUGGUGCCCACAGCUGCCUGUGACUGUUAGUAGGGGAUUUUCUUCUGGUUGUGCAGGAAAAUGCAAAACAUGACAACUAGAGGCCAAGUUGAAUUGAGAUGGGGACUUUCCAUGCAUCCCAAAUUGGUGGAACAGCAUGUCCUCCAAGCAUGUCCCUUGCUGGCUCAGAUUAUUCAGAUGUCUGAAUUUUUGGUUUUGCAAAGCAGUUGAUUGAUUGGAAUUCCUUGUGUGGCCUUUUGAUGUGCCAGCACAGCAAUAUGCAACUGAUGCUUUGGCUUCUCUACGCUAGUUCUGGAUUGACCCCCCCCCCAGCUGUCUAGGUAUAUGAAAGCUACUUCACAAUCCAUGCUUUGUUGUGCAGCAGGCACCCCCAAACUCGGCCCUCCAUCUGGUACGCAGGCUGAGACCCUACCUGCCCGCGGACUGUCUCACCAGAGUGGUGCAUGCUCUAGUUAUCUCUCACUUGGAUUACUGCAAUGCGCUCUAUGUGGGGCUACCUUUGAAGGUGACCCGGAAACUACAACUAAUCUAGAAUGCGGCAGCUAGACUGGUGACUUGAAAGACCUACACUAGCUCCCAGUACGUUUCCGAGCACAUUUCAAAGUGUUGGUGCUGACCUUUAAAGCCCUAAACAGCCUUGGUCCAGUAUACCUGAAGGAGCGUCUCCACCUCAGUCGUUCUGCCUGGACACUGAGGUCCAGCGCCGAGGGCCUUCUGGUGGUUCUCUCGCUGCGAGAAGCCAAGUUACAAACAACCAGGCAGAGGGCCUUCUCAGUAGUGGCACCCGCCCAGUGGAACGCCCUCCCACCAGAUAUCAAAGAGAAAAAUAACUACCAGACUUUUAGAAGACAUCUGAAGGCAGCCCUGUUUAGGGAAGCUUUUAAUGUUUAAUAGGUUAUUGUAUUUUAAUGUUUUGUUGGAAGCUGCCCAGAGUGGCUGGGUAUACAUAAUACAUUACUAUUAUUAGUAUUAGUAUUAUUUAUUUACAAUUCCCAUCAUCCCUGACCACUGGUCCUGUUAGCUAGGGAUGAUGCCUGUUCUCCAGUAAGAUCGCUAAGGCAUUUCAGUGGAUCUGCUCCUGUGCCUUUAAGAGAAGCCCCAACAAGUAGUACAGCUUGUGUGAGCUAGAAGAUAAAGUGUUGGUUUAGGACCAGGGAGACCCAGUUUCAAGUUCCCACUCAGGCAUGCAGCUCAUUCAGUGAUCGGUCAGUCAGCAUCUCUCUGCCUCACUGAACACCCAAUAGCUCUAUAAAUAUUGAAGCGCAGUUGUUCAGAAACGGGGCCAGUGAAGCUUUUCCUGGCAUGGAUGGGGAAAGCUUCACCGGCUUCAUUUCUGCGCCCGCCAUUCUGCUGUUAUGGCACACUUGGAGCAGUAAACAAGUACGCAGCUGUCUUCUGCCAAGCUGUGCCACUUGACUUGGACUCGGCAUUUGAUGGCCUUAUGGCACAGGUAGGUGGCAGGUGUGUCUCUUAAACCCUGCAGCAGAGACAAUUGCUGGAACUCGCAUAGGGUGCGGCUCCUCAGUGUCACAUGGAAAGUGAAAGCUGCAAGCUAUUGUGGUUCUGCUCUAGGCAGGCUAUGCUGUUAAAUGCUUUCUCAAUUCCAGGAAACGGCAGAGCUGGCUGUUGGCUCUGUUUAUCUCAGAGUUUGCCUAUUCAGAAGAGGAUGGAAAUGAGCAGCACAUAAAGAAGGACUGGCUUUGCUUUGAAGAAUGUUACGCAUCUGAAUCUCUCUUGCAGGGAGCUCUCAAGUCCUGGGAUAGUAGAAGGAAGACAUCUAGAGACUGUUCAGCAGGAGACAGGUGUGGGCAGGAUGGGUGCUGUAUCUCGUCUCCUUUUUCUAUUUUGUUCUGCUUCUCUUUUUAUUAUCUGUUUACUACAUGGAGCUCAGGGUAGUGUAUAUGCCACUCCUCCACAUUUUUAUCCUCUCAACAACCCUGUGAAGUAGGCAAGGCUGAGAAGCAGCAACUCAACCCAGAAAGUUUUGUAGUUGAGCAGGAUUUGAACCUGUGUCUCCCAGGUCCUAGCCUGACACUCUGUACUUGUUAGACCAUGCUGGCUCCCCUGGCUAAGCCAGAAAAUGCUUACAGGAGCACAGGAGUGAUGCACAGGAAACAUCAACAACCUUGCUGAGGAAAUGACUUCUUUGGCAACACAUGUCUUCCAGAACUCAGGGGCUUCUUCUUUCUUCCCUUCCUUCCUUCCUUCCUUCCUUCUAUCCACAGCCUAAGGCAACAGUGGGAAACCUGUAGCCCUCUUGAUACUGUUGGUCUACAACUCCCAUCAUCCCUAGCCAUUGGCCAUGCUGGCUCAGGCUGAUAGGGACUGAAGUCCAACAAUGUCUGGAGGGCUUAGCAGGGGUCAGCAACCUUUUUCAGCAGGGGGCCGGUCCACUGUCCCUCAGACCUUAUGGGGGGGCCUGGCUAUAUUUUGAAGGGAAAUGAAAAAAUUCCUAUGCCCCACAAAUAACCCAGAGAUGCAUUUGAAAUAAAAGCACACAUUCUACUCAUGUAAAAAUUCCAGGCAGGCCCCACAGAUAACCCAGAGGUGCAUUUUAAAUACAGUGGUACCUCCGGUAAUUCGUUCUGGAGGUCCGUUCUUAACCUGAAACCCUUCUUAACCUGAGGUACCACUUUAGCCAAUGGGGCCUCCCACUGCCGGCAUGCUGCCGGCACAUGAUUUCUGUCCUCAUCCUGAGGUAAAGUUCUUAACCCGAGGUACUACUUCCAGGUUAGUGGAGUCUGUAACCCGAAGUGUUUGUAACCUGAGGUACCACUGUAAAAGGACACAUUCUACUCAUGUAAAAGCACACUGAUUCCCGGACCGUCUGUGGGCCGGAUUUAGAAGGCAAUUGGGCCGGAUCCAGCCCCCAGGCCUUAGUUUGCCUACCCAUGGCUUACAGCCUUGCCUUGACUUAAGAGCUGCUCAUGGAGGCAGUUUUUCUUCAGGGAAGGGUAGCCAACAUUGUGCCUUCCAGACAUUGGAAUACAGUUCCCAUUAUCCUUGGCCAUUGGCCAUGCUGGCUGGGACUGAUGGGAGUUGGAAUUCGACAACUAGAGGGCACCACAUUGUCUACCCCUCCCUUAGGGUGAGGAAGCAGGAGUUCUAAAGAUGUGAAGAGGCCAUCAGUGCUGUUUUCCCCUCAUGCCACCAGCACCAGUCCACACGUUACCCUUGCACACAUAUCUACAUGAAGAUGCAAUCCAGUAGCACAACUCCUAUUGUAAUGAAAUGGAAUUGUGCAACAGGACUACUGCACUCUUAUCACAUCCUGUGUUAAUUUCAGCAGAGUUUGUGGAGGAGAACGUCCCCUGAGUUGUCCUCUGUGGGUCAAAUCAGUUCACCUGCUGUUCUGCUGCCCUUGAUGAUACCCAAGGUCUGCCACACUGCGGGGCUAUGUGAGGAGAUGUUUUCCUCAUAGGGCUGCUUCUGUCGACAGCUGCCUGUGACUUUUAUUAGGGGAUUUUUCCAGGGUGUGCAGGGAAAAGGAGCAGCCUUACAACUUGAGGCCACGUCGAAUUGAGAUGGGGGACUUCCCUUCAUCCCCAGAUUUGUGGAACAGAAUGUCCCCUAAGCAUAUCGCCUCCAGGCUCGGUUUAUUCAGAUUUCUGCUAUAAAUAACUCCAAAUCCUACCACCAGACACCAGGGAACCUGCAGAUGGAACAGAUUUCUGAAAAGAUUAAUGAAGUUGCCUUAUCUGGAAUGUUGCCUUUGUUGGAGCUGUGGGGAAAGUGAUCACAGAGAUCUGGAAAUCUUCAGAGCUUCCAGUAUUCUCUUUCCAUAAACAUUAGCUUAAGAAACAUCCCCACCCCAUUUAAAAGUAAAAAGCAACGUUUUUGCAUGGAUCUGUGCUGUGCAACUUGAGAUCGGUGAGUGUUCCGAUAUCCCCCACUCUCUCUCUCUCUCCCUUUUUAAGUAUUUAAAUAUCGGUGUCAUCAAGACCGGCAUGGCUUGAUUGUGAUGCAAGCAAGUGGAGCAUCAGAAACAAAUCAUGCAUAUUUGGCUGCUGGCAUCCCCACCAAUUUCCUUCACCCUGUAUGCCCCCUCUCUCUGUUAUCUGGAGCGGUCAUGUCUUGCUGCUCUUCCGCUGCUGUGAGGAUCAGCCAGGGAACUCGUGCUUCUGCUUUCCUGGAAUUGGGAAAGCAGGAAAGCUGUCUGGGGAGAGAGCUCCUCCUCUCUGGUGACUGGCCAGGACCUGAUCAGGUUGCUCCUGAAGCACCCGAGAGAAUAUUUUAUUUUGGAUUGGCCCAGGACAGAAGUCGUCAACAUGGUAGCCUAUAGAUGAUGGUAGACUCCAGCCCCCAUGUGCCCCAGCCAGCAUGGAUGAUGGGAGUUGGUAGUUCAACAACUCCUGGAAGGCCCCAUCUUGGCUACCCUGGCUUGAGUCAGCAUUUUAGCUGGUGUGCACCAAAGACGCUCCCUUUCUGCUAAUUAACACUAGGUAAUUAGUAGGUAGCCAUGUUGGUCUGAUGCAGUCGAAAUAUAUAUAAAAAAUUGUCCAGUAGCACCUUAGAAACCAACUAAGUUUGUUCUUGGUAUAAGCUUUCGUAGGAAGGUCUGCAAGUGUAACAAAACAUUUAUUGGGCGUGAGAAGAGGGGGGACCUUUGAAAUUAUGGCUCCGCUAUCAACUGGCCUGAUUUGCACUUUCAAAAAUCCCCCCUCCUUGGAGCGGGAGCUGCUUAGAAGAGGAAAGCCUCCCCACAGUGCAUGGGUGGUGCCAUUGGCCCUGAAGUCAGGAAAUAGAGGGGGGAAAUAGGGCCUGCAUCAUAAUGUUGCCAUGUAGAGCAUUUAACAGUAGCAAUCAGCUGUGUCUUCUUCUUAGAAACUCUGUUCCAUUUCUCUUGGGUUUUCCAUUUCCCCCACUCCUGAGGCUUCAGCAUUCGGUGGCCUCUUGAGCAUAUUCAAUCAAUCCUCAUUGGGCUGUUCAGGGGUAAUUUGGCUCCUUUUGAUUCCCCUGCUCCCCCCUCCAGAAUGAUUUGUGUGGGGUUUUUUUGUACUUCUGCAAAUUUUGGGGGUUCCCUUGAAUAUGCUCCUUGUUGUCUGUGAUACUAUUUUAGACAAACAAUUAGUGGUGUUUGGGGAACUGAAGAUUUCAAUUAGUGUAAAGGAAGAAUAGGUUGUAACCCACCAGGACAAUUCUCUGGGAGGCCAGAUGAAGAUAUCCCCAGUGGAUUAUGCACUGUGGGACAAAUUUACCUGUCUCCACAUCGCUGCUAUAAUAAUGCUUAAACUCUGCUACCUGAGGAGACUGUUUCACCUGGUCUUGUGGUAAUAACCAUUUCCACAGAAUACCUCACUAGUCAACAAGUUGGACUUUGGAGAGUACACUGGUGCCCAUUAUAGAUAACCUUAUUUAAUUUAUUUGUUGUCCAUGGGCUUGCCCUGUUUACUCAGGUGAGCAAAUGACAUUAUGAAAUAACCAAGUUGGCAUGCUCAUGUUUGCCAUUGCCCGACAUGUCACUACUAUCCGUCUUUCCAUCUUUAACUAUAAAAGAAACUUAAGGCCAAUUCAUGUGGCUAUAUUGCUGUUUCAUCCAAUCCUGCUCCACACCCAAUCCUGGUCCAGUAACAUCUGAAUGAAAUGUACAUGGGUCUGGUGAGUCAUGAGGGCAGUUCCCAUGUUGGUACUGCCAGCCCCCAGAAAUGGGUCGCGUGCAUGUUAGACUUGUCGGGAAUGAGGACAGCUAUGCUCAAAUAUGAGCCUUCAGUCUGAUCUGUGGAGGAAGAGAAUAAUAAUAACAAAAGAAGUGCACUCACGUGCACUAUUUCCGUGAGAAAAAUUGUGGUCACACUGCAGUUCACGUGGCCGCCAGUAGACAGCCAUGCCAACUGCAGUGUGGUGACAGAAAGCAGCCGGCAGGCAGUUGGCAGGUAGCCCAGGCGAGUUGCUGAGGAUGGAACUGUAUUUAGGAGACCCCCUGUUCCCCUCACAGAGCUACAAUUCCCAGAGUGGAUUAACAAACAAUUCCUCUUCCCGGGGAACUCUGGGAUUUGUAGCUCUGUGAGGGGAACAGGGGUCUCCCAGGCCCAUGUAGGGCGAGGGGCAGCUGGGUAAAAAAUAAAAUCCAGUCAAAGGCAACUAUGGGGUUGCAGCGUUCAUCUUGCUUUCAGGCCGAGGGAGCUGGUGUUUGUCCACAGACAGCUUUCUGGGUCAUGUGGCCAGCAUGACUAAACCACUUCUGGUGCAACAGGACACUGCGAUGGACACCAAAGUGCACGGAAACGCCAUUUACCUUCCCGCCACAGCGGUACCCAUUUAUCUACUUGAACUAGCGUGCUUUCAAACUGCUAGGUUGGCAGGAGCUGGGCAGAGCAAGGGGAGCUCACCCUGUUGCAGGGAUUCGAACCGCCGACCUUCUGAUCGUCAAGCUUAAGAGGCUCAGUGGUUUAGACCCCAGUGCCACUCGCGUCCCAACUUGGCUGUCAUGCCAAGAAUGCCACGUGCCUCCUAGACGACCAGGGACUCCCGCCCCAUCCCUCAGACAAGCUCUGCACAGGUCUCAGCACCCUUAGCAAACCACAGCUCCCAGAAUUCUUUGGGGGAAGCCCUGAAGUUUACAGUGGUACCCUAGUCCUUUAAAUGUAUGGUGUGAAUGUGGCCCUAGUGACGUCAUUACAGAGGCCUGGUAUAAAACAAGGCACUCGUUGAUUUGUAGGUCAGUCUUUGUCACCGUGCUUCUCAGAUGUGUGAGGUUCCAAACACACUGCUGUGACGGCAAGGUAAAUGGAGUUUCCAUGUGCUCCAGUUUCUGUCGUGGUCUUCCAUUGCACCAGAAGCAGUUUUGUCUUGCUGGCCACAUGACCAGGAAAGCUGUCUGUGGACAAACACCAGCUCCCUCAGCCUGAAAGUGAGAUGAGCGCCCCAACCCCAUAGUUGCCUUUGACUAGGUGUAACAGCCCAGAGGUCCUUUACCUUUUUAUCAAACACAUACACCGGAAGAUAUACAUACAUCCCACAGAGAGAGCUGAUGGAAAGGCACACUGCCUCCCCUCUUUGUUUCUCCAACAAAAUUCCUUUCUCCCCAAACUACUACUACUACUAUUGUUAUUGUUGUAGUUGCUAUAUUAUAUUAUAUUAUAUUAUAUUAUAUUAUAUUAUAUUAUUUAUUUAUUUCAACAAUGCUGGGGAUCCACAUGCAAAUGUGUAGUUGGUCCCUUACAAGAAAAAGGAUGGGGUUUGGGCAAUGGUGUUUUUCCUACUGUAGGGUUAACGUUCCCUUUCCCUGCCCUGUAACCUUUCCUUUGCUCCUGUGUUCAAUGCCAGCAAUGUUUUAUUGGGCAAAAUUCCUCCAGUGCCGUGAAUAUCUUGUUGUUAAGAUACAGUUGAGAUGACAUCCUGAGGUCAAAAUUAGCUGUGGUUGUUUUUAACUGCCCUUGCUUUUCUUUUUUGUUUUUUUUCCCCAUUUCUGUUUUCCCCUCAUUGUCCUUUUUACAGAAUCCAGGAUGGAAGCUGCAUUAUGUAACAAUUCGGAGGAACCUCCCACUUCUGCCGUCCUGCUAGACUGCCGGGCCUUCAAUCAGGUCAUCUUCACAGACAUAGACAAAUACUAUGUCCCUGGAGCAGAUAUAACUUGCCAUUACAACAUUUCUCGGCACAUCACCCCACGCCGGAAGGACUGGGUGGGCAUAUUCAGGGUAAGUCUGCUGUCAUUUGCAGCGCACCGUGGACAUUGGAACUGGCUUAUGAUAAAUUGCAAUCUCUUGCUUUGUAACACAGCAGUCAAAGCAGGGUUAUAAAGCUUCAGAGGAGAUACUGUUCUCUGGACGGAGUUCUUCCAGAAAGCUGAGGGGUUUGCCAGAGCGGGGAAGGAGGUGAGAUAAUAGCUGUUUGGCUGAGGCAGGGUGAGGUUAUCAGGAAGGUAUUCUACACUGGGAGAACUUAGAUCUUGGUUGGUAGCAUAUGCACUUUUUUCCUUAAAAAGCAUUAAAAACCUUUAAGUGCUAUUAAGAAAUUAACUUGUGUCUGUGCGUGAAUGUUUUCCUUUCCUAGAGGGAAGCAGAAUGAUGCAUUUGUUGGAGCCAAGUGUGCAUAACAUUGCAAGUGUUUGUAUACCAGUUUUGUAACAUUUUCACUGUUACGGCUUCACCCAAGCAAUCCUGGGAAUUAUAAUCUGCUGGGGAGUGCUGUGAAUUCUUUUGUUUGAGAUCUCAACAGAGAAAUUGUUGUUGUUAAUAAACUGAUUUAAGGAUGAUUUCCUUACAGUUUUUAGUUGGACUUUCUUCUUCUGUGUGGACACGUGAUACAGUCAUACCUCAGGUUAAAGUUGCUUCAGGUUGAGCGUUUUCGGGUUGCGCUCUGCAGUGACCCGGAAGUAACGGAACGCGUUACUUCCGGGUUUUGCCGCUCGCGCAUGCACAGACGCUCAAAAUGAUUUCACGUGCAUGCGCAGAAGCGGCAAAAUCGCGACCCGCGCAGAUGCAGGUUGCAUUCUCUUCAGGAUGUGAAUGGGGCUCCAGAACAGAUCCCAUUCGCACCCAGAGGUACCACUGUAUAUUUGUCCUGUAAACCCAGCGGCUACCAUCCUGGGCCAUGCUACUUUAAGGAGCGGCAUGCUGGGCUCUGGGGCACCUGGACUUGCACGCCACCUUGGGCUCCAGCAGGCUGCCCCCAUAAGUGCCGCCGGGGAUGCCCUGCCCCCUAGCUACGCUAUUGUGUAAACCUGCUGUGUAAAUAUGUCCCUUGUUUUAGAACAGGCUGCUUUUAGUGCACUGGAUUAGAGCACAAAGAGGACAGCUUGUUAAACUGUCACUACUCCUGGCCUGUUUCUCGGUUCGUUGAAGGAUCCCACUCACAUAUUUUGAUGUUGCAGGUGGGGUGGAAGACCGCUCGCGAAUACUUCACGUUUGUGUGGGCGCCUUUGCCAAGGAACCCCGACAGCAGUGACGACGAACUUCAGGAGGUGCUCUUUAAAGGUCUGUGGCAGGAAGGGAAGGAGUUGGGUGGUGUUAUUUCUUGAAACAGGCAUUGUUUGCAUGCUAAAAAAUAAAUAAAUCUCAACUUCAGUACAAUAAAUCUGACCAGGUAGAAGUCAACUUCCUGUGUUAGCUUUGCAUGCUUGAAGGAGCUAAAAAUGACAUGUGGCUUUUUUUAUUCUUUCAGCCUACUACCUGCCAAAGGAUGAUGAAUAUUACCAGUUUUGUUACGUGGACCAGGAUGGCCUUGUCCGUGGAGCCAGCGUCCCCUUCCAGUUCCGUGCAGAGACCGAGGAUGACAUGUUGGUGGUUACCACGCAGGUUCGCUUCCUUCGUUUGUGCCCUGUGCUAUGUAGUGGCUCAUUUGCGACAUUCCCAAGCCUCUGCCAAUCCAUUAUGGCUCCUUGUUUGUUCCCUUCUUCUGCCUUUGUCACUGUGUAGUCUUAACAGGAUGCCUCACUGUACACUGCAUGUGGCUCACACUGCGUCGUGCGGUAGGCUAAUUUUCAGAGCGGGGAAGGGAGUGCGCCAUGCUAUCCUAAAGGUGACAUCUGUACCCUUACAGUAACCUCUAGUGACUAUUUCUAUGAGUUCCUAUAUGUGAUAAAAGCACAGUGCUUUGUAUGUAGAAGAUCCCAGGCUGAAGCCCCAACCUCUCUGGGGGCUUUUUGCUUUUUAUGUUCUAUGUGUGAGUAGUUAAUGCAGGCGAGUCAAUCUCCAGCGCUGCUUUAAAAGGCAGCGAAGCAGCCAAGAAGAGAAGCCAUAUGGAAAUGCAAUCCUGCUCUACCUCUGUACUCUCCUGCAAUUGUUUUUUCCCCCUCUGUACUUGAGAUGCAAGGCCACCAGUAUAGGGGGCACUUGAAAAAUACACAUGAGCAAAAAAAGGGCCCUGCCCCAAAGAGCUUACAGUCUUUGAAGAGGACAAAUGGGGAGAGGGGGUUUGGCUAUUGUGUACCUAGGCUUUGUUUUGGAUAAGGCACCAAGGGAUUAAGGCAGGUAUGUCCAAAGUCUGUUUUGAGGGCCUAAUCCGGCCCGCUGGUUGGUUUAAUACGGCCCCCACAGGCAGCUCCUUCCCGGGGUAAAAUCCAAAAUAAAGGUCAACAAUUCAAAUCCUUAAAAAAUCCCCCCUUUGGGUAAAAUCCCCCCAAAAGGUCAAUAACUUCAAUCCUAAAAAAAGUGAACAACUUUGGUCGGCCCUCACGCAUAUGUUCACUUCAUUAAAUCUGGCCCUCUUAGAAAAAAGUUUGGGCACACCUGGAUUAAGGUUAACAUUUUGUGGAAGAAAGGGAUGCGGGUGGCCCUGUGGUCUAAACCACAGAGCCUAGGGCUUGCCGAUCGGAAGGUCGGCAGUUCGAAUCCCUGCGACAGUGUGAGCUCCCGUUGCUUGGUCCCUGCUCCUGCCCACCUAGCAGUUUGAAAGCCCGUCAAAGUGCAAGUAGAUAAAUAGGUACCGCUCUGGCGGGAAGGUAAACGGUGUUUCCGUGCGCUGCUCUGGUUUCGCCAGAAGCGGCUUAGUCAUGCUGGCCACAUGACCCGGAAGCUGUAUGCCGGCUCCCUCAGCCAGUAAAACGAGAUGAAUGCCACAACCCCAGAGUCGUCCAUGACUGGACCUAACAGUCAGGGGUACCUUUACCUCUUUACCUUUGUGGAAGAAGAGGGAUCGGGAGGAACAGGGAGAGAUGGUGCUGCAAGAGAGGUGCUUUCUCAGGGAGGGGGUUUCCCUGCCAGUAUGGGGAAAUACGGAGGCAUUUAAGAAGCCAAGGCAGCGUACGCAUCAUACAUUGAAAGCAUUUAGUGGCCCGCAAAGAAUCCUGGGUUGCUGUAGUUCCCCCUCCCAAAGAACUACAAUUCCUAGCGCCCUUAACAAAUUGCAGUUCUCAGGAUCCUUGAGGGGGAAGCUACAAGCUUUGAAUGUAUGGUGUGUACACAGCCCCCGCCCCCCCAAAAAACGCCCUUUGGGCUGAAGGGGGUAGAGUCAAAAGCAACAAAGCUUCCCAAUGUUUCAGAUUGUGGAGAAGAUCAAAUUCUGCUGACACAUCCUCUUUCAAGUCGGCCAAGUUUUAAGAAGGGAGCUCCCAGAGAGCACAUCUGCUCACAGUGUCAAGUGCCUUGACUUAAUCAAAGCAUUUGACACCGUGAGCAGCUGUGAUCUCAGGAGGGUCCUUUUUCAGUCCUCCUUAUGUCACACGCUGACUUGCCCGAGACUGAUGUCUGGAGGCAUGUGCUGCUUCAUCUGUCGACCUCCUUAAAAAACAAAAAGGGAGAAAGAAACUAAACCUGGCUAUGGUCCACUUGCCUUUGCCGUGCUGAUAUUUUAGUCGCAGAGUUUGGUAUGGGUGGCUAAAUAUGCAUCACCAACAAAAGAGGCAAAGAAAAUACGGCUUUUGCAUGACAUUUGCGCACAAUAGUGAGGAAAGCUGCGACCAGGAUGCCCAAGUGCUGCCUGUUGAUGAGCAAUGUUACAAAAGUUGGGUGCCACCCCCACUCUCUGCUGAGCAAUAGCAAGAGCCCAGGGGGUUCCAGGCCCUCACCCAGGGUCUGUGUUCCUUUGGAGAAUUGAGACAUGGUGGAGACUGUUGUAGCUUUAAGAAAUAUGGUUUAUUCGCCUAUUUACACCUUCAGUCUGCAUGGAGGGAGUCCAGAUCUUACAGCAUGGUUAUUUCAAGAGUGACUUGCCUCCCACAGCAGUGCAGCCAGCCUUCAGCCAGCCUGCCCAAGAUGGAUUCCGGUCUCUCUUCUUCCUUCUUCUUCCUCUUCUUCUUCCUCUUCUUCCCAGAACACCUUGCUAAAAAACCCUGCAUUCUUUCUUCCCUUUUGCUCUUCCAGGGAGAAGUGGAGGAGAUUGAGCAGCAAAACACAACUUUGCUUCAGGAAAACCAGAAACUGAAGGAAAACCUUAAAAGCCUUCAGAACCAGACUGAGGACCUGCAGGAGAAACUCAAGGCAGCAGAGGUAGGACACACGCACACAAAAAAUACUAGGGUGUGGGUGCCAUUGGUGGGCGGGGCAAUUAAUAUAAAUUUUACGUUUGUGCCCUGGGCUGCUUUCAUUUCCCUUUCUUCCAUUCAGUAAAUAAGACACCAUUAUCAGAGUUCAAGGACACAUUCCAGCCAGGCAAGGAGGCUGUGAAGCAGGGCAAGAGAGGGGUGUGGCCUGGGGAGAAUUUCAAGGGCCAGAUGGAGUGUUCUGGAGGGCCACAAUCAGUCCCUGAACCUGGGGUCUCUGCAUGGAUCAAAUAACUCUAUAUAGACUUCCUUCCCAUAGAAUUAUGUUUAUAAGUGCAAGUCAGUCUCCGCAGAAACUGCCACAGCGAUAAAGGACUUGCAGAUUUAUUUUAACAACAUUUGUAUACCACUGAAUGGUAAUUAAAACCUCUUAAGUGGUUUACAAACAGCAUAAAAUAUACAUUAAAAUGGUCGCUGAAAGGCAAGAUUUAAAAACUUUUUUUUAAAAAGCACAAUGCAUAAAAUCAGUAGUUAAAAGUAAAUACUAAAUGAUGCAUUGCUAAGUAUUCUGUGAACCGCCCUGAGAUCUUUUGAUGAAGGGAGUUAUAUAAAUUUAAUAAAUAAAUAAAUUUGCAUCGGCCCACCUAAGUUCCACCAGUGGUCUAGUAUGAAGUUGCAAAGUAAGGCUAACACUGAAGUUCUUUCCACACAGCAUGCGUUUAAAUGGUUCGUGCUGCAAUGUGUAUUUGUUGAUGUAAGCUGAGGCUGUUUUUCUCCUUAAAGCUUUUCCCACACCAAAUGCAUUUUAAUGGCUUCUCCCGUGUGUGCAUUCUUGCAAUGUAAAGUAAGGACUUAUCCACUCUUACCUUUCCUCCACACUUUGCAGGCACAUUUUAAAGCUCUGUGUUGCAUGCUCUUCUUUUUGCCCUGGAGCUUUCCCCUCAUAAACCCGCUCUUUAAAGCAGAAUUGGAGCAAACUGCAAUCCAUAGGAACCCCGAAUUGCCGUUGGUUGCAUUUCAGCUUUAAAGAGUGGGUUUUCACGGGUACAAAAAAAAAAAGAGCACUCAGACACUGAGCUUUAAAGUGCCAGCCUGUGCCUGGAAAGAGCAGGGCAAAACAUAAGUGUGAUUAAACCCUAAGUUUGCUACUCCGGCUAAAGCUCUUUUCCCAUUCCAUGCAUUUAUAUGGUUUCUCCCCUUUGUGGGUUCUUCGGUAUAUUGUAAGGCUGCUGCUCCAGUUGAAGCUCUUCCCACACUCCAAAGUAGGAAUACAUUUUAAUAAAUGUGUAUGGUUAAUCCUGAUUGCUUAGUGCAUCAGAAGUAAUUUUGGCAGGGACCGAGUGGAAAGGAAAAAAUGUUUUGCACGUAAAAGAUCUCAGGUUCAAUCUGUAGACUAGGAAGUAUUCCUGCCUGAGAAACCUGCAAAACCACGGCCGGUCAGUGUAGACCAAAGAUGGAGGACCUAUGGCCCCUCAAAUCGAAUUUCACUGAUUUCAGUAGGUCUUCUUUGAAUAUGACUUAGCAGGAUACAACCCAAAAGAUGCAGAACUUACAAGAAGCUGGUGAGAAAACAAAGGUGUUUGCUCAUGUUGACGCACAUGAGGAUGGGGAAGAAGAAGGUGCAAUCGACACAUGAGGCUAACUUCAUCUUUGCAUCUGGUCCUGCAAGUUUAUUAGAGUUGCAAAUUGCAUCAUCUUGGUGCAGUGGUAACUAGUGGGAUCAGAGCAGGCAUGGAGGGAGAAUGUAACCCUUUUUCUCCUCUGUAACAGGUAUAUGUUUUGGAGGAAAACCUCUAUUGCCACACAGAUACCCCAUGUAGAUACCAGAUUCAGAUGAGAGAUUUUCCUUGUCGUAGCAGCAAAAGGGAGACGGUUAAAUUCCCCCCCCCACACACACACACCUGCUCUUUAUCCUGCUUAUAAUCACUUCUUUCCACCACUGCCACCCACAAGAUGAUGCAGUUUUCCUUUUAAAAAAAUAAUAAUAAUGCAUGGUUAGUUGCAAUGAUGAAGUUAAUGUCAGGUAUAGCUUGGUCCCAAGUGUUUUUGGAAAAAGCAGGAGCCUUCUUCAUUCCUUGGUUCAAGGAAUCCUUCAAGCUGCAGUUGUACCCAUAUAAAUAUUUAAACUCUGGCUUUAGAUUUUACAGUCACUGUUCUCACCUCCCCACCCUGUGUUUGUGUGUCCAGGAAAAAGCAAAGGAGCUUGAAGAUAAAGUCCAUUUGUUGCAGACUGGGACCAUGGAGCUCCAGAGAGCUCAGGACCUGCAGGCUUUACAGAUGGCCUCUGCUCAGACGGAGUUGGCGGCAGUUACAGAAAACAGUAUCAAACUGCAAAAGGAAAAGGAGGUAAAAAUAUAGAGGCCGGUUGAGUAGAAGGGUAAUCAUCAAUGGGGGUGGCAGGCAGCAUUUGAAUCUUGAGGAGAUGAGCUUUAAGUUUUGAAUUGGCCGGGUGAAUGGUGGGCGAUUGUAUAUUUGCAUCUUUGUAAAUACGAAGUACAUUUGGUUUUCCUAUGACACUGAGAGCAAACUGGCUGAUUCCGAUUCUCCAGUUCUACCUUCCUGUCUCUGACUCUUCAGGAUCUGCAGAGGAACUUGGAUACUUUAAGGAGCAGCAAGGAGAAUCUCGAGGUAGAAGUGAAUAUUCUCAAACAGAAGUUUGCAGCUCUGGAUACACAGAACAGCUCCACCGACGAAGAACUGUUCCAGUGAGUGCACUUUUUCUUCUUCUGUAGUUUGUUGGAUUAAAUGGCAAUAGUCUUACAGUUCCAAAAUCCAAAACAGUUUUCUUUCCUGGCCCCAGUUGUUCCUUAACAUUAGCAAACCUACUGCCAGUAAUUUCAUUACUGAUUUGUUUGUCUGCAUAACACCAUCAAGAUUCAUUGCACUUUAUGGAGUCCCUGCCUUUAUGGAGAGCCCUAAGUUCAGUGUGACAGAGUGGAGGUAUGGACUUGGGAGUAAGCAGGGCUUGAUGUUUUACAGUUGAUGUUUUAAUAAUUGAUGUUUUAUUGAGUUUUUAACGUUUUGUUGGGAGCCGCCCAGAGUGGCUGGGGCAGCCCAGCCAGAUGAGUAGCAUAUCAUCAUCAUCAUCUUGUUGUGCUGGAGUUGCCAUAGCUGCCUAUUGGUGGUCAACAGUCUUAACAUUUUAUUAUAUAGUAAGAUGCAUACUUAGGCUUAGUUACAACAAUGUAUGGGGACUAAGAAGUUAAGCCAGAUGGUGAAUGAGGGGAAGAGAAUGGGGUUAGAGGAGAGUCUAGAGCUCUUAACAAGUGGGACCUGUAACAAUAUUUCAUUGUGGAAUGCUGAUGUUCAGGAUAGCAGACAUACCAUUUCCCCACCCACCCUUCCCAACAGUUCGCAUACUGUGUCUGCUGAGCAUGCUCAGACCUCAUUGGACUGUGUAGUUUACCUCCUCCCUCAGGUUUUUAUUCUCCCUCCCCAGUAUAUAUUUUAGUACUUCUGCAGAGCUUGAGAUUCUCCCCAAACUGCUGAUACCUCUCUCUUGCAGAGGCUGUUUUGGCUAGGGAAGCAAUGGCACCCAAGGCCUGAAUGCUGGAUAUAGAGGGGAUGAUUUAGAAUUAGAAUAAUCAUCUCUGUGCUUGAUGUUCCUUUGGUUGACAUAGCAAAACGAGCAACUGGAAGCCAUUCAGGCUCCACAGAAUCUCAUGUUUCCGUGUAAGGAGAGUAGCAGGAGGGUAGCCAAAAUUCAGGCUGUGCAACCUCUUGUAACGCCAAGUAUGAGUCACAAAGCAGGGACACUGACUCCUCUGCAGGGUCUUGGAAGCUUUGAACCUGCAGAGGGACAAACUGAGCCUUUUGGUGAUUCUGAGAGUGCAGGUGUGGGUUGGCAUAUAGCAGGCACCAAGGUGAUGUAUCUUGUGGCAGGGAGGCUGGAAGCCUGGGCAUGCGACUGCAAGAAUUCAUCCACAACAUCUGUCCCCAAACAGAACCAAAGAAGAGAACAAAAAGGUGUUGGCUGAAAAGGAGCAGCUGGAAAAGAAGCUAAGAAACACCCUGAAUUGUGUGGAUCAACUUCAGGUGGGAAACUCCUGCAUGUUUUCCUUGGCAUUUAUGAGCUGCUGGAGAGUGCAGGAAGGGAACAUAGGUGGUUGAAAAGGUUUCUUAAAAACCCAGUUGUCCUUUGGAAAACAGGAAAUGAAAUGGUUCUUUAAAAGCAGAUGGCCAGAUACACUCAAGUAUUUAUAAUUGAUCUCAUUCGUACAUGGAGGCCAUAUUUUUGUUCAGAUUAGAGCAGGCUUCCUCAACCUUGGUCCUCCAAUAUGUCUUGAGACUACAAUUCCUAUCAUCCCUGACCACUGGUCCUGCUAGCUAGGGAUCAUGGGAGUUGUAGGCCAAAAACAUCUGGAGGGUUGAGGUUGAGGAAGCCUGGAUUAGAGGGUGGGGUUACCUCUGGCGCUCCAGAUGUUGUUGGGCUACAGCUUGCAUCAUCCCUAACCAUUGGCCAUGCUGGCUUGGGGUGAUGGGAGUUGGCCCUGAGCGCAGCAGACAAACUUUCAAAUGUCAAGUUCUUUAUUUUCAGGAAAAUGCAAGGAGCGCCUGUGAACAUUAGAAUGUCGUACACUAAGCAGUUAGAUCUAGAACCCAAUAAGAUAUAAGUGGGGCAAAGAAUUAGAAGCACACCUAACAUCUACAAAAUGGGGAAGAGCUGUACAUAAUAUUACACCUGCCUCCCACGAAAUUAGGUAAAGGUAAAGGGACUCCUGACCAUUAGGUCCAGUCGUGACCAACUCUGGGGUUGCGGCGCUCAUCUCGCUUUAUUGGCCGAGGAAGCCGGCGUACAGCUUCCGGGUCAUGUGGCCAGCAUGACUAAGCCGCUUCUGGCGAACCAGAGCAGUGCACGGAAAAGCCGUUUACCUUCCCGCCGGAGCGGUACCUAUUUAUCUACUUGCACUUUGACGUGCUUUCGAACUGCUAGGUGGGCAGGAGCAGGGACCGAGCAACGGGAGCUCACCCUGUCACGGGGAUUCGAACCACCGACCUCCUGAUCAGCAAGUCCUAGGCUCUGUGGUUUAACCCACAGCACCACCCACGUCCCCCCACAACAUUAGACUGAGGUUAAUUCAACAGAAAUACUCCUCAUGAGCUACUGGACAGCAAUAUGCCUUAAGCACAGGGGCAAAACACACACACGCACAUGAUAGAUGACUGCUGGAGAUGUUGACAGCCACAAGCAGACCUAACUCACCUACAAUAUAAAGCUAGAAAUCUUAACAAAACUUGAUGGGGCUAAGUUUAAGCCUGAUAGUCCAGCAUUCCUGUCAUCAUCUGCGUUUGGGGAGUCAUGUGUCCCUUUACUUUCAUCUCAGUCCCAAGUACAGAGUCAACAGAACAAAGUGGAAGACCUGCAAGGGGCAGUUCAAGACAAAGCAAGGCACCUGGAGCAGCUGAAGGAGGAGAAUUAUCAAUUAAAUGCCACCUUGCUUAGACAGGUAAGCUUCCCUCCCCCCUCUUCGUUGGUGCAGUGGUUUAGGAGACGGUAAAAGAAAGAACACAGACGUAGGGGAUCGGCGCAGUUUUAUCCGCCAAAGCAAAUGUUUAAAGGUCUUGAGAGAGUUUCAGACUUCUUGAGCAGGAAGCAGCUCACUUUGAGGCGGACUAUUUAGAGCAUGCAGGAAGUGGUUUGCUCUCUGAAGUUCAGACUUUAAAACCAGCAGGUAGCUUCUGUGCUGCCGGGCCUCCUGCCAAUGGAUUUAGACUUAAACAGAGAUAGCAUACAGCACAAUGCUGUGCAGGUCUACCCCAAAGCAAGUCUUGUUGAAUUCAGUGUGGAAAAUGAGUAGAGGAUUGCAAUAUUAAUCUGGACAUUCUUCAUGCAGGCUGCUACUCUUUCGUGAGGCUUAUUUUUCAGUGUAUUCCAGAGGUGCAGAACCUGAGAUCUGGGGGCCAAAUAUAGCUUUCCAGGCCUUUAUCAGGCCCUCGGGGACACUUUUUUCCAGGUCACAUCCCCUUCCCAAGACACACACACGCCACCAUCCCUCUUUUAGUGUUUUUGCAUGACUGAAAUGUGUCCUUGAACUGUUGAAGAUGCCUUUGGAUUGCCUGGAUGGAGGAUAGAGUGAGGGCCGGUUGUGACUGUGUACGCAAAUUAGUCUACUGUACAUUGUAUGUGUCAGUCUGGCAACUUUUGCCUCUGGCUGUGUCUACCCCUGGCAUGUGGCCCUUGGAAGGUUCCCCAGAAGGGGAUGUGGCCCUUGAGCUAUGAAAAAGGGUUUCCAACCUUGGUAUAGUGGGACACGCGUGGCGCUGUAGGUUAAACCACAGAGCCUAGGACUUGCCGAUCAGAAGGUUGGCGGUUCAAAUCCCCGUGACAGGGUGAGCUCCCGUUGCUCGGUCCCUGCUCCUGCCAACCUAGCGGUUCGAAAGCACGUCAAAGUGCAAGUAGAUAAAUAGGUACGCUACGGCAGGUAGGUAAACCGCGUUUCCGUGUGCUGCUCUGGUUCGCCAGAAGCGGUUUAGUCAUGCUGGCCACAUGACCCGGAAGCUGUACGCCGGCUCCCUCGGCCAAUAAAGCGAAAUGAGUGCCGCAACCCCAGAGUCGGUCAUGACUGGACCUAAUGGUCAGGGGUCCCUUUACCUUUAUAAUGGUUAGAGUUUUGGACUUAGACUGAUUAGAACCAGGUUUAAAUUUCCCAUCAGCUAUGAAACUGAUGGGUGAGCUUGGGCUAGUCACCAUCUCUCAGCCUAACCUAGCUCAUAGAGUGGUUUUAACAAUAAAAUUGGGGGUAGUUGCGGGGUGGGUGGGGAAACCUGAGCUCCUCCAGGGAGGUGUGGCGUGACAAUGAUAGGCGACAUUGUCCAAAUACAAAUCGCUUUUUUUUUACCUGCCCCCCCAGCAAAAUUUGGAGAAGAAACUGGAAGAGGAAGUUCUUUCACAUCAGACCCUGCAGAAGGAAAUGAAUGAACUGGAAAAGGAAAACAAGGUGCAAGUUUAGUUAAAUGGGGGUUGGAGAAGGAAUGCAUAAAUGCUCCAGCGCUCUGAAAAGAAAUGUGCUUUCUUUUAAGUCAGGGAUAGCCAGCUGUUGCUGGACUCUCAUCAGCCCCAGCCACGAUGGCCAAUGGGAAGGAGCUGUAGUCCCACAGCGUCGGGUUAACAGCCAGGGAGGGCUGUUGCCUUCAUGCCCUGCUUAUGUGCACCCCAGAUGCAUCUGGUUGGUUGCUGUCUGAAACAGGCUCCUGGAAUAGAUGAACCUUCAAGUCUGAACCAGCAAGGUGGUUCUUAUCUAGAAUUGGCAAUCCUUGUACUAGGCCACUGGGAAAGCAAAUACCUUAACUGCACUGGCUGCCAAUUAGUGUCCGCACCCAGUUCAAAGUGCUAGUAUUGACCUGUAAAGCUUUGCACAGCUCGGGACCUCAGUACCUUAAGGGCUGCCUCUCUUCAUACAAAUGGACCCAGACCCCACACUUGUCGUCUGAGGCCCUUCUCUAUGUCCCCUCUCCCCAAGAGGUUUGGAGGGUAGCAACACAAGAACAGUCCUUUUCCGUGGUGGCUCCCUGUCUGUGGAAUGCUCUCCCCAGAAAGGCUCACUUGGCACCAUCCUUGAAUGACAAGAGAAGCCAUCAGUAAAUUAGUGAUGAUAAUAAUACAGCAAAGCUGUUGCACCUUGCCCAAGAGUAUUCCUUUCUCCCUGAACCCCUACCACUGGAUUAAUGGCUGGUUCCUGCCUCUCACCCUGCCUCCCACUUCUUCUGAAACAACAAAAAUGGCAUUGUCCAGUCAAAAGUAUUCUUGCCAAUCCCCUUCCCCUGAAUUGGUACGGAUUGUCUGGCAUUAUAACGCAAAAACAGGGGGAAUAGGAAAUAAACAGGUUUCCUUUAGUGCGAGCGUGAAGAAAACCUGUGGAUGUUCAGAUGCUGAUGGACUGCAAAUCCUAUCAGUCCUGAUAUUGGCCCUGCAGGCUGGGACUGAUGGGAGUUGUAGCUCAGAAACAUCUGGAUCUGACUGUUAGCCAUGGCUUUCUGUAUUUCAGACUUGAGGAACUGCUUCAAGCUGCUUGCAAACCGUAACUCCAGGUAUCCUGGCUUCUUAUUCUACCAUUUGUUUCUUUGCAGAGAUUAAGGCGGGAGAAUGAGGAACUGAUGGUGCACCUUCCUGAAAUUCUGGAUCAUCCACCUGGGGUCCUAACCCAGUCACCAGAAAACUCAGUCCUGGUGUAUGGCAAUCCCUAUACUGGUGAGUGCAUUAGAGAAUCCACUUAGAAGAGUCCAACUGGAGGCAAAGGAGCAUGCAUUUACGUCUUGAUGUUAGCAUGCAGAAAGCCCCAGAUUUAAUCCCUGGGGAUGCGGGUGGAGCUGUGGGUUAAACCACAGAGGCUAGGAUUUGCCGAUCAGAAGGUUGGCGGUUCGAAUCCCCGUGACGGGGUGAGCUCCCGUUGCUCAGUCCCUGCUCCUGCCCACCUAGCAGUUCAAAAGUGCAAGUAGAUAAAUAGGUACUGCUCCAGCGGGAAGGUAAACGGCGUUUCUGUGAGCUGCUCUGGUUCGCCAGAAGCGGCUUAGUCAUGCUGGCCACAUGACCCGGAAGCUGUACGCCGGCUCCCUUGGCCAAUAAAGCGAGAUGAGCACCGCAACCCCAGAGUCGGUCACGACUGGACCUAACGGUCGGAGUCCCUUUACCUUUACCUAUCUCCGGUAGGUCAGGGAGAGGCUCCAGUCUGAAAACUCUGGAGGUCGGUAUAAACAAUACUAAUCUCAAUGGACCCAUGAUCUGACUUGGUACAAAGGAGCUGCUUCUUUUCAUUGCAUUCAGAUGCGUAUGUUUAAUCUGUUUUGGUCUUCUUGCCCUCUAGUUUUAUCAUUGCCCCCUGCUGAUGCUUCCAAUCAUCCCCCCCCCAUCAGUUCUUACUGUGUUUGCUGACUGCCUUUCUGUUGUUUUCUGCUUGGUCUCAAAUAUGAUCAAACUGCUCUGCCCCCACCGUCAGUAUACUUCUGAAUACCACUAGCUGGAAACAACAGGAGGAGAGAGCCCUCCUCCACUUGAGAGUUUCCCACAGGCAUCUUGUUGGCUCUUUGAGCACAGGGUGCUGGACCAAAAGGGCCAUUGGUCUGAUCCAGCUGGGCUCUUCUAGUGCUGUUAUGAUCUGCAGUAGGGUUUCCUGAACUCGGGCCUCCAGCUGUUUUUGGACUACAAUUCCCAUCAUCCCUGACCACUGGUCCUGCUAGCUAGGGAUAAUGGGAGUUGUAGUCCAAAAACAGCAGAAGACCCAAGCUUGGGAAAGCUUGAUAUACAUGAACACAUUUCUCUGUCUCCACCCAUCUCUCUGAAUUCAACCUAUUAGUCUGUCCUUCAGCCAAGGACAAUGCAUUUCUUUCUUUCUUUCUUUCUUUCUUUCUUUCUUUCUUUCUUUCUUUCUUUCUUUGCUUUUUAACUUUUGCUCCUCAGAGGCAACUCUUCCCUCAACUCCACAGUUUUCACUUCUGUGUAGUUUUCCUCUAAAAUAUGGCUUUUUCCAUCUGUCACGGUACUUGUUCCAAACAUCUCUCAGGGCAAAACUGCAUGUUAUUAUGUGGGAAAUCCCUAACUGAUCUCCCAAUGUGCUUCUUUAAAGGUGAAACAUAAGGCACUUCUAACUCUCUUGUUUCAUGGGUUAGAAGUUUUUGGUUUACUACAAACAUACCUUUCUAUUGAAUGCAUUUUGAUUUUGACCUCCCCUGGGCUUGGCACCUUGUCCCCUGUUGCAAAUACCCUUUUCUUUCCCUUAUUUUCCUGAGGGCAGGGACUGUGCCUGCUUGUUCUUUACACAGUGAUUAGGGUCUGUUCUAGACACUUAAUAACCAUGUUUAAUAUUUAUCAGACUGCCAUACUGCUUUUUUGCAUGCGUAGGAAGGAACAAUGUGGACAGCACACAGUGAACUUUGGUGCAGGAAAACAGUAGUAUACUGGAACGGCAGUUGGAAUAUGUUGAAAUGGGAAUAGGCACAGAGUCCUGCACAGUCCCUUUGCCUGAAAUGCCCUCUGUUCCAUCAGAUGGUCUUGUGUGCAACAGAUUUGUCAUCCAAAUGAAAUUUGCAAGGAGAUAUACACUGCCAUCUUCUGUGCAUUUGUUACUCGACUACACAUGAGGUCAUGUAUUGCAGUCCUGGAUACUUUGUGCAGCAGAUUGUAAUAGCUUUAUAGGAAGCUGCCUUAUACAGAGUCACACCAUUGGUCCAGUACUGCCUUCACUGACUGGCAACAGCUCUCCAGGGUCUCAGACAGGAGCCUUUUCCCAGAGUCAACUGGGGAUUGAGCAUGGAACCUUCUGUUUGCAAAGUAUGAACCUCCGUGAUCGAGCAGAACCCUUCCCUAUACAGUGGUACCUUGGUUCCCGAACUUAAUCCGUUCCGGAAGUCUGUUUCAAAACCAAAGCGUUCCAAAACCAAGGCGUGCUUACCCAUAGAAAGUAAUGCAAAACGGAUUAAUCUGUUCCACACUUUUAAAAACAACCCCUAAAACAGCAAUUUAACAUCAAUUUUACUAUCUAACGAGACCACUGAUCCAUAAAAUGAAAGCAAAAUCAAUGUACUGUACUAUAAAAUAAAUAAGACAGUAUUGUAGAUGAUAAAAAUAAUAAUAAUAAUAAAAUUCUUACCUGCACUGAUGAUAGUCAUUGUUUGGAUGGGGUUUUUUUUAUCCAUUUCUGCAGUCAAUCAAUCAGUAGCUGAACUGGGUUCCACACAGUCACAAAAACAAAUUAAUCAAAAAAGCCUCAAAAACAUAAAAUAAAUAGCAAAAUAAAAGUGCCAAACUUUUAGAUAGAUCAGUUUAUAUAAGAGCAUUGCAUUUUCUUGUUAUGGCUAAGAUGUGUCAUCUGUUUUGCAGUAAACCCAGCAAUUCCUGAGACAGAGUUGGUAAGUUUGUGUGUGUGUUUCAUGAGAUUCUGGGGGUUUUUUCUGUUCUGUUUCAUUCGUUCCCCAGUAUUUUUGCUUACUGUGUCACCAUCCAUAUGCAUGACGUUCGUUCAAGGAAUCUUAAGAGGACAAGUCCCUGCCCCAAAGAGCUUAAAGUCUAUAAAUUACACAAUGGGAGACAACAGAGGAAGGGGAAGGAAUUGGAGGCAGGGAUUAAACAAGGGGAAGAACAUGUGAUGAUUGCUGUUAUUACACACAUUACACACAUUAAUGUGUGUAAACACCACAUUAAUGCCCUUUAGCAUGGUAUUUAGGGUGCCUUAAGCCAAGGUUCAGAAUUUAGUGAGGAAGCCAUACAGCAUGGAAUCAGACAUAGGGUUGCUUUAAAAGCUCUUAGGCUGCUAGUUCUGUUUGAUCUACAGUUUAGAGCUAUAACUUUUCCCUCCUGUCCAUUUUCAAAAUAAUAUCCAACACCCGUCCACCUCUGUGUUGCCCUGUCUUUAGAAUAAUAGAGAUGUACCGCCUGGAAGAAAGCGUUGGAAAGCUUGAGAAGGGCAGAGAAAGCUGGGGAUGGGUCAUCUGCAGGGAAAUGGACUGGCUUCUCUUCCUCACACUUUUAACUCCCUUUUUAAGUGAUCCUAAGGAGGGAGGCUAAACCUCUGAAACUUCAGUAAGAGCCCGAGACUUUACAACCCUAAUAGAGCAAUUGCAGAUGGGUGCUCAAUCUUAACACUUUUUCACUUCCCCCACACCCUACCCUACCAGGUUAAAUAUAUAUAUAUAUCUGUCCACUGUUAAGCUGCUUUGGCAGGAAAUACCCAUAAGAAGGAGGGGCAGCAAAUGAGGUGGUGCUUCCAGGCCCUUAAGUUCUGUCGCCCUUGCCCUCGUUGCCCUGCCCUAGCCAGCCUCAGGUACCCGUGCUCAGUUGCAUUUUUGCAGCAGAUAAUCCGCCUCUCCCGGUAUGCCCCACAGAGAGCAUCAAGGUCCAUAAAUAGCAACACCCUAGUGGUCCUGGGCCCUAAGGAAGUUAGAUUAGCUUCAACCAGAGCCAGGGCCUUUUCAACACUGGCUCCGGCCUGGUGGAACGCUCUGCCUCAUGAGACCAGGGCCCUGCAGGAUCUGAUUUCUUUCCGCAGGGCCUGUAAGACAGAGUUGUUCCGCCUGGCCUUUGGCUUGGAGCCAAUUUGAUUCCCUCCCUCUCUUUCUUUUUCCUUUCUCCUCCUGUGAUGAGGCUGCAUUUUAAUGUUUUAAUAUUUCAGUAUUUUAAUGUUGUAUUUUAAUCUGGUUUUUAAGUUGUAGUCAUUCAACUUGUUUUUAUUAUUGCUUGUUAGCCGCCCUGAGCCCAGCCUUGGCUGGGGAGGGCAGGGUAUAAAUAAAAAUUAUUAUUAUUAUUAUUAUUAUUAUUAUGCUUCCACGUUCUCAUUCUCGCCUCCAUUUAGGUCUCCGUGAGAAAAUGUCCCAUGUGCGACGAAGUCUUCCCUAAUGACAUUGGGGAGCAGCAGUAUUCAGAUCAUGUGCGGAGCCACCUUCUGGAGUGUCCGUACUGCGACGAGAGCUUUGACAACUCCAAUAAGCAAGUGUAUGAUGACCAUGUCUACUGCCACGGCUUAGACUAAAUUUCGGUCUACUUGCAUAAGCUACAAAGGGAUAGUGCCUCUUUAUCUUACCCCACUCCCCCCCCCUUUUAAUGUUAUGACAGAGACUGGCAUGGAAGGAUUUCUGUGCUGCUGUUAGACUCACCAUGUCAGGGGAAAACCUUUUGCUGGGACUGCAGCAUUGUUCAUUUCCUUCCGUCUGUUAUCCACACCUAUUAAAUGCUAAAUGCACUAUGCUUCCGCUAUGGAAAAGGACACAUAUUUCUUGACUAAGUACAUCUUUCAACAGAUUAAAGCUCAUUACAAGUUAUUUCAAAGGGAUGAGCAUUUUAUUAAAAUGAAUGGUGAUUUUCUUCCUAUACGUUUGCAACUGACAGAAACCCCUACAGCAGAAGAGAUUUGUUUCGUUAACAAUAGUUUGUCUAGCUGUCUAAACUAUAGAAAAUCCACCUUCGCUUGCUUGGUGUCCUGUUCUCGGUAAAGGAAAUAGAUAAUUGUGAAACACCCCAGAAGUGUAGUAGCAUCCUUACCUGCCUUCAAGCUGUUUUGGACAAAGAUAAGAAGAGAAGAAAGUUUAUGUGCUCGGGUAAAGUGCUUCUGAAUGGUGGUGUUUAGGGGGGAAAAUCAGAGAGCUCAAACUUGGUUUCAACUAAAAUACUAGUGUCCUGAAUGCCUUUGUGAUUGAACAGGAGCAUGAUGCACGAGUGAAAAUUAAGUCAAAAUGUCUUGCGCCAUCAAAAAGCUACUUUACAGAUACUGUUGCUCUGGUCAACAGCUAGCUUUCCAAGGAGUGGAAGCAUUUUGAGAAGUGAAAGAGGGUUGGCUGGAGGGCCAUAAUUUCAUAACUCCCCACGCCAUUCCCCAAAGUGACCGUGCCAGCAAGUUUAGUAGCCACAGGAUUACUUUCUCCAGGCAUCUUUUGCUUCCAGGCAGGCAACUGGGAAAAGAGUGGUAGCUUGGCAUCCCUGAACGGAAUCAGACUCACCAUGCUGGAUAGAGUGGGGGGGUUGUUCUCCCAUUGCUGACCAUUACGCUAUAGGCAGAACUCGCCAGAAAGCUGUUCUUUGUGCAGCCCCACUGAAAUGAAUGGGAGCAGUUUAAGAACAGCGCAUCUUACACAGGUCAUCUGAGGUAAACUCUGUUCAAAACAGUGGUGGCAUGAGGGGAAAAAAUACUGGGAUAGAGGUAGGCCGAAGAGGCAUAGUGGAUUCUGUGCAGGCAAGCUCUGUGUGAUAUGUUUUAUGUUUAGGACUUAUCCUAAAUCAUUCACAUUUUGCGGCAAGACUGCUGUCAAAAACACAUUUACUCAGAAAUGAGCCCCACUGAUUUCAGUGAGCCUUACUUCCAAGUAAAUAGGAGGGCAGUCUCAAAGACUCUGGUGCCACACCUGCCUCUGAGCCCGUCCAACAAAUCUGACUGGAGUCUGUGUAUGUCCUUAUAGCGGGUAUAAAGAACCCGUGGGCACCAGAACAGCCAUCAGGUAAACAUUAGGAGAUGAAACUCUCCUAAUUCAGAAUAUGUGAUAUGUAGGCUACUUUGUCUCUUCCACAUUCACUUGUCUUUGGGUUGUUUUGCCAGACUGUGAGGCAAUGGCUACUUUCCAGGCUGCUUUGAAAGCCUCCUGUCUCUUUAGCCCAUGGAAUGUUAAGGCUCGGGGCCUUGAAACGGUUCUGUUCUAAGAAUUUCUUUUUUAAUCCUCUUAUUUAUCUACCGCCUCUAAAUGGUAACUCAGGAAUCAAAGUGACAGCGUUAAAAACAAAACAAAAACCCACCUUUUAAUAGAAGAGAAUCUUCACGAUUUCAUUGCUGUUUGGGAAUUUGCAAGGCUCGAUGCUAACUUGGAUUCUCUGAUUUUUUUAAACAAGCCACCUUCAAUUUAUAUUCCUGCUGAACACAUAUGUAGAAUACUUGAUCAAAAGAAUCUUUUUAAUUUUGAUGUUGAUGUGUUCUCCUAUGCAAGACCAAAAGCUGUAACAUGGUUAAUUGCCUACUAUGUAUUGAUUACUGAUAGACCUCUAAUGUUGUUGGGGGAAAUCCAUUUUGUGUUUUAAUAGCGUUCUGCUUUCAACUACUUUUGAUGAUUGCUUUUUAAAAGCAUGGUAUGUUAACACCUCUUCCAAUGCUGAAAAUGUAAAGUUGUAUUGGUUGGCCUCCUGCAGUGUAAUAUUAAAUAAGUGGACUUCA